GUCGUUCCAGCCCGCCUGCUUGCCUUGCGCUACCUUUUUAAAAGCCUUGGGGGGAGAGGCCUAAUAGUGUUCUUCCCCCCCGCAAAAUCUCGUUUGGAGGGAGGAAGCACGAAAUCCUUACUGCGGAUCCAAGAAACUAUGGACCCUGGAAGUGAGCACACUUUUUAGACUUAAGUUUGCCUUCCAUCAUUCAACAGUUAGGAACAAGGACUGUCAAAAAGUUUGGUGAUCAUCUUCAGAUCCUGCGCAUUUUGAAAUGGAUGUUUCUCAUGAAAAAUUAGAAGGCAUGUCAGAAGCGGAGGCCAUGAAUCUCAGCAGUGUUUCUCAAGACUUAACCCACUCAAAUUCUCCUUUCUAUAUGGAAACCAGCAAUACCACUUCAGACUUGCCUCAGAAUGAAAUAAAGAAUGCUGAAAGGGAAGAUGAGUCUAAAUUCACACUUAGCGAAGAAAUUCAUGGUACACUAGAUGAUUGGUUAGGUGAUGUCAGCAUUGGAAAUGAUUCACAGAACUUACUAACUCAGCCAGUUGACACCAGCAUUUCCCCCUUCAGGCAAUUUGAACCCAUUUGCAAAUUUCAUCUGAGAGAAGCAUUUAAUAAUAAAAUGAUAACAUUUCAAAAUCUGACAGAAAGCUUACCUUACAUGAAGAAACCAGAAAUGCAAAGUCAUGUGUAUAAUUGUGCAAAAGACACCAAUAUGAAGGAAGAUUCAUUUAAGGAAGAAAAUCCAGGGGGAACUGGCACCUCCGCAAAUGAAGACCAACUUGCUCACAAAUGUGUCACACAACCUUCUAGAAGCCCACCUCUAGUGCACAGUGGUGGAGAGACACUGAAAUUCAUGGAAAUGUCACUGCCUAAAAGUGCUUCCGUGGAGUCUGCGCUCAAACCUAGUCAACCUGAAAGCUUCUUAUAUAAGGAAAAUGUACACAGAGAUGUUGAAAAACCAUUUUACAAAGAGAAUAGCUUUAACCUCUUUGAUCUGAGAGCCAAUUAUACAACAGAUGAGAUCGCAGUGUCUUCGAAAGGAAUACAGAGCUUUGGGGAUGUUCCUGAGAUGCCAGUCUGUCUCCAUAAGGAGGUUGCCAUGGGGGACGUGGACAGGCCAGGGACGGUCUCACCUUGGUCUCCUUCUUGGAGUGGUGGAGCAUCUCCGGAGGACAGCAAGAUGCCCGACCCGAAGCAGAGCUUGGAAAGCUCACAACCUCUGGAAGAGGACAUGGAUUUAACUGAAGUCUUACGGAAAUUACAGCACACUAACAAACAGCAGCAGAUUCGGAUCCAAGACCUGCAGAGUAGCAACAAGUAUUUAGAGAAGAAGAUUGAAGAACUACAGAAGCAGACUACCAAACAGCAGGUGUUCGUGGACAUCAUAAAUAAGCUGAAGGCCAAGGUGGAAGAAUUAAUUGAAGACAAAUACAGAGUGAUGCUAGAGAAGAGUGACACUGACAAGACACUGCAGAAUUUGCACGAGGUCUUAACUCACACCCAAAAGCAUCUUCAGGAAGCUAGGAAUGAAAAGGAAACCUUACAGCUGGAGCUCAAGAAGAUCAAGGGCAAUUACGUUCACCUACAGGAAAGGUACAUGACUGAAAUGCAACAGAAAGCUAAAACUGUCAGUCAGUGCCUAGAGAUGGACAGAAUCCUAAGCGAGAAAGAAGAAGUGGAGAAGCAGCAGCAACUCAAGAGGGAGCUGGAAAAGGCCACCACCUCUGCUCUGGACUUGCUGAAAAGGGAGAAAAAGGCCCGAGAACAAGAGAUCCUGUCUUUAUAUGAGGAAUUUCAGAAGCACAAGAAGAAAAACCUGGAAGAAAGACAGGAACUGAAAUCGACACUCAAGAAGCUGAUCGUUCAAGUUAGUCAUUUGCAGCUCAUAUCUGAUACCGAAAAGGCAGAGAACACCCAACUCCAGCAGCAGGUCACUGAAGUCAAACAGGAAAACGAAAGGCUUUGGCAGCAGGUGGCGAGGAGCCGGGAGCAAAAUGAUGCCCCCCCUCAGUUUGAGACACCUUGGUUAACAGAGCACUCCGGGGAAGCGGUAAUGGCGGAUAUCACAAAGGAUGCAAAGACUGUGCAUUCUAAUUUGCUCCUGAAUUGCUCACCUGGUGAAGAAGAGAGCCUGAGUCCCCCAGAUGUGAAAAGAACUUCUCAGCUCGUCUCCAGAAUUCACAGUCUUCUGGCUUUGAUGGUAGGACUUCUCACACUCCAGCUCCUGGAACAUAAAGACAGAAUCACAGCUUUUAGAGAGUUAAUUGCAAAAGAAAAAGCAUUUCAAGAUCAGGUUAUCGAGGUUACAAGUUUGGAUUCAGGUGAAGCCAAGAAUAUUAGAGAUGUGCCUGUCUUAUUGGGAGUCAAACUGAAUAAGUACCACAAUCUGAAUGAAGAGCUUGAUUUCUUGAUUGCAAAACUGAGAAAUCUUCUAGAGUCAGAAGAAGACCACUGCAACAGACUCAUUGAAGAAAAUGACAAACAUCAAAGACAUUUAGGCAACUUAAUAAAUAAGGUUACAUCAUAUGAAGAAAUCAUAGAAUGUGCUGACCAAAGACUCACGAUAUCCCACUCCCAGACUGCAUAUUUAGAAGAGAGAAAUAAACAUUUGGAAGAUUUAAUUAGGAGGCCCAGAGAGAGCAAGAAAAAAACCACGGCCCAAAAGAUUAGAAAAUCAUCCAAAGUCCUUGACCAUGAUGAGGCCUCUUCAGCCUCUGAUCAUCAUACGUCCUGUAACUGGGAAGCCCUCCCUCUGAAAUUUCCCUUGUAUCAGUGUCUUCACUUCAUCUCUGCAGCUACUGCUUCAUGUCAGAUGCCAGAUGUCUUAGAAGGAAAUAGAAAUUAUUUAAAUUAAACAGGACUGAAGAUUAAACAUUAAUCGUUUUUGUCAACCAAUCCAGGAGCAGAGUCAUUAUUACCAAGUAUAGAACCCAGGUCAAUCACACAAAUGAUACAUUAAAAUCUGUAUAAAUGAUGAAG